GCAGUGAUAAACAAUCGCAAAUGACAUACCACAGGACUUAAAUAUUCAAAAAACAAGUUAUAGACGCCAGAAAUUCAUAUGCCACGGCGAAUAAUCCGGAUUAUAAUCGACGUCAAAGGUGAAGUAUAAAAGAUCCAACCAGAAGAAUUUGGUAUCAUAUCAAUUCUAUAACUCAACGUGACAAGAUCUAUUAAAAUUAUCUAAUAAUUAAAAACAAUGCAGAUAAACGCAGUGUUUGUUUUGAUUAGCAGUGCAAUCAUUGCACUCGCCAACAGCUCAGCCAUACCAGUUUGGGAGUUCUUAAAGAAAGAAGAGAAGACGUCAUACUUGUACUCGAUCUUCGCCAGAGAUGUUGAGAAGCUGUGCAUCACCGUACCGGAACCCAACUGCCUUCAAGACACAUUAAAGUACGGACUUGAUAAGCUGAAAAUGAUGACGGAAGAAGACCUGGACGGACUUGACCCAUAUCAACACGAAGGUCGCAAUUUAGUCUGGACCACUUUGAUGUCGGGCCACGAGUUGGAAAAAGCCACUCCAGAACCUCAAGCCACCACAACCGCCAAACCCAACAGCUACGAUGACGAGUUGGACUUGGAGUUCGGGUCUGAAGGAAGUGCUUCAGCUAAAAUCGACAACGUUUAUAGAGUACCACCACCAAAAGGCUUUGUCUUCGGCCACCCCCAAAACAUAGUUAAUGAUGAAAAGCAUUUUGUUCCUGUUGAUUCUGAAGAAACCAUGGGAGGUCCUUUGGUCAUCAGGUUGUAUCCUGAUGGAUCACCAGUACCGGAACUUAGAAGGACUCCUCAAGAUGAUGACUUUAGGCAGUAUCAACUCACCAAGUUCAAGCUUCCAAAUGUGUAAACAAUUAUUGUUUGGUUCUAUUUCAGAUAGAAUCCUGACUGAUUAUUUGUGAUAUUAAUUUAUCUGAAUGUUUGGAUUGCUUGAAUGUUAUAUCAUUAUUGUGUGUUUAUUUGUAAAUAUUAUGUAUAUAUUUUUUGUUAACAACAUUUAAUAAUUUAUA